CAGUCAAAGUGAUUUGAUUUUUCUUGUUUCUUUCAGUGACCGACGUUUAGCAGAUCAUUUUGGAGGCAAACUUCAUUUAGGCUAUAUGCAGAUCCGUGAUAAAUUAGCAGAACUUCAGGAAGAGAGAAACAAGAGCCGCAAACUUGACCGGUAUGAUGACAGGAGAUCAAAAGAAAGAAGCAGAGAUCAUGAGAGAGAAUCAAGUCGGGAUCAAGACCGAGGGAAUAGCCAUGACCGAGGGAGGGAUUAUGAUCGUAGGAGCAGAGACCGUGACAGGCAUAGUGAUCGAGAUCGUGAUAGGGAUUAUGAGCGCUCUCGGACUUAUGAUUCUAGAAGCCGCCACAGGUCACGCUCAAGGUCUAGGGAACGCUCCAGGGAUCAUGAUCACCACAGGCGUGACCGGUACUAGAUGCAUGAAUGCUGCCAAGAAGAAAAUGAAUACGAAACUGUUCUUGCUUAGGUAAGCCGACUUAUAUAGGGGAGUAGCAUUCCUCAGUUAAGUUAUUUGAUAGUUUGUCAUGUGGUUGUAUCAACAUGUUUAAGAGGGUAUUUGUUGUUUUUGGGUACCUAGAGAUCAGGAAUUGAAUCUCAAACUUGUGGUUAAGAGUACAAGUAAUUCUAUCAUCAGAUUAUAUGGCUGACAAGAGGGUAUUUGUUACUUGGUGAUUUGUGUUUGGUAUUUGGUAUAAUUGUGGAUGUAAGUUUGGUUGAUUUUACUAUUUCAAUUUGUAUGUCGGGCAAUUUUUCAGUCUAGUAUCUAAAAGGAAAAUUAAUAUAAUGAGGUUGAAGUU